CUCUGCAUCCGUACUAAUUCCCUCUUGAAUUUACUUAAUUUCCUCACCAAAAGCCAGCUAGCCAAAAAUGGAGGAAAAUUUACCUCCAGGGUUUAGGUUUCAUCCCACUGAUGAAGAAUUAAUCACUUAUUAUCUGACUAACAAAGUUUCUGAUUUCAACUUCACUGCUAAAGCCAUUGCUGAUGUUGAUCUUAAUAAGUGUGAGCCUUGGGAUCUUCCAGCCAAAGCUUCAAUGGGAGAAAAAGAAUGGUAUUUCUUUAGCCUUAAAGAUCGCAAGUAUCCAACAGGUCUUCGUACAAACCGAGCUACAGAAGCAGGCUAUUGGAAAACAACAGGCAAGGAUAAGGAGAUUUUUCGUGGCGGAGUCCUUGUUGGGAUGAAGAAAACACUGGUUUUUUACAGAGGAAGAGCUCCUAAGGGUGAAAAAACCAACUGGGUUAUGCAUGAAUAUAGACUAGAAACCAAACUUGGUUUCAAACCUUCAAAGGAGGAAUGGGUGGUGUGUAGAGUUUUCCACAAGAAUUCAACUGCAAAGAAACCACAGCCAACAUCAUCAUCCCCACAAUCCGAAGAGUCACCUAAUUGUGACAUGACUUACACUUUUGCAAAUGAGCUAGGGGAUAUUGAGUCACCAAGUAAUUUCUAUGGCCUAGCCACUGCAUCAAAUGGCCAUAAUUGCAAUAAUAUUUCUUUACAGAAUUACAACAAUGAGAACGUGUUGAAUAUGAACUUGAACAUGAAUUUGGCUACUGCUGCAACAAGAGAAGCAGCAAUUAGCAACACUCUUCCAUUAUUGCCUGCAGCUUGGUCAUCUAGCUUGCUUUGCUCAAAUCUUCCCUCAGUGGAUUCUUUGCUUCUUCGGGCGUUACAGUUUAGGGGUUAUAAUAAUCAGCCAAGAGAAGUUACAACUACUAAUACCAAUAAUUACCCGUUUAUUCAAACACAAAAUAUUUCUCAUAUUGGGAAUGAUUAUAAUAACCCUAACUUGGCAGUCGAGGUGCCUUCUUCCUCUAUGGUAUCAGAUCCUGUUCAGCAACAACAGCCACAGGAGCAAUCGUACAAAUUGGGUUCAAAUAUUUGGUAACUUUUUGUGACGACUUUUAGAGGUCGCCCUCAAUAAGUUUCAGAAGAAGUCAAGACUCUAUUUGGUGCUUUAGAUAUUUACUGUAAAUUUCUCAAGUCCAUAUGUAGGUACAAAUUAAAAGUUCAUGAAAUCCAAGUCAAAAUCUUGAUUCAUGGUAAUUUAGUGUAGUGAUCAGGAUCAACUCAUGUGAUUGACUAGGGAAAAUCCCAAGUCUCUGUUGUAUGUAUCUUUUUAUUCAAUCUAGCUUCCACAUUUGCAUUUGUAUAACACAAUUAUCUUUGAUAUGGGAAGACACAAAGAUUGUUUUCUUUCA